UGAUUUCUUCUAUACAUCAUUAAAUCUUGACAUUUUCCUUCGAGAAAUUCUUCACGAACCGAAAUUUUCUGAGUUCCCAAUUGAUCUUCGAAGCUCUACUCAUGGCGAUAAGCACGGUGAAAGUCAGCAAUGUCUCCUUAGGUGCAUCUGAACAAGAUGUAAAGGAGUUCUUCUCCUUUUCUGGUGAAAUUGAAUAUGUGGAAAUGCAAAGUGAGAAUGAACGGUCUCAAGUUGCAUAUGUUACCUUCAAGGAUACCCAAGGGGCAGAGACUGCAGUUCUUCUUUCGGGAGCAACAAUUGUUGAUAUGUCUGUUAUAAUAGCGCCGGCACCUGAUUACAAGCUUCCAGCUGCUGCUUCUGUACAGCCUAGGGCAACAGAGAACACAAAUGUGGGGGCUGGUGAAUCCCCCCUCCAAAAGGCUGAGGACGUUGUCAGUGGUAUGCUAGCCAAGGGCUUCAUUCUGGGGAAAGACGCACUCAACAAGGCAAAGUCCUUCGAUGAGAGGCACCAAUUCACCUCCACUGCCUCGGCAAAAGUCGUAUCUCUGGAUCAAAAAAUUGGCCUCACCGACAAAAUCAGCAUGGGCACAACCCUGGUGAAAGACAAAGUUGGGGAAAUGGACCAGAAGUUCCAGGUUUCUGAAAAAACCAAGACUGCCUUUGCAGCUGCUGAGCAGACAGUUAGCAAUGCUGGUUCAGCCAUCAUGAAAAACCGUUACGUCUUGACCGGUGCUUCAUGGGUCACCGGAGCCUUCAACAAAGUCGCCAAGGCAGCAGGAGAAGUUGGGCAAAAGGCAAAGGAGAAGGUGGCUGAGGAGGAACAAGGAAGAAGCGUGGGGCAAGGCUAUUCUCAGAUUCACGAGUCGGAAUCCCCGAAAGCUGCUACGAGUGAGCAGCCUUCCAAGCCAGCCCCGGCUCAAGGUUUGAUCCUUUAACUUCCUCAAACUCAGUGUAAAUGAGAGAGAGGAUUGGAUCUUUAUCCUCUUCAGAUUGCCUGCUCUUUUUCUUCCGCAUGAAUGUAGGAAAUGUAGAAUAGUUUGACAUAUAAACUGUUGAAAAUGGCUGCUAUACAUGACUUCAAAUUUGAUGAUUCUGUUUUAUUCAAUUCCUUUUAUUUAGAUUUAUGUAGUGCUAAAUUCAUCUUC